CGGCCCAUAACCAGCUGAAGUUGGACCACGGAUGCGACAGAAGUCACCUACAGAAUACAUCACGAAACGGCAGCGUUUUGCAUGAAUGGUCUUUCAUCUCUCUCCGUCUCGUCUCAACUCUCUCAAGUUACCGUAGAGAAACUCUUUGGCUCCAUCUCCGAAAUUCGCCCAAAUCCGUCUCUCAGAUUGAGUUGAACCCUAGAUUUCCUUCUCACACUUCUCUGGGUUCAAAUUCUCGACCGAUGGCUACCGCCGGGACUGAAGACGUCGAGAUGAAGGAGCUCCCGGCUCCAGCGGCAGCUCCCUCCAAUUCCGCCGUUACCUCCUCGCCGCCGUCGGUUCUUCAGAAUUUGAAGGAGAUUGCUUCGUUGAUCGAGUCUGGGGCUUAUGCUCGCGAAGUUCGGAGGAUUGCACGGGCUAUCAGGCUGACAAUGGCACUGAGGCGGAAGCUCAAGACUUCGGUGGUAUCGGCUUUCCUUAACUUCGUGCUUACUCCUGGAUCAGAACCUCACGCCCGUCUGUGUUCUUAUCUUCCCAAGGAGGAUGACCAUGAAAUGGAGGUUGAUACUGCAUCGUCUGUAGUGCAAGCUCCUGUGAAGCACUCCCUUCCCGAGUUGGAGAUAUAUUCUCACUUACUGGUCUUGAUAUUUCUAAUUGAUCAGAAGAGAUACAGUGAGGCUAAAGCUUGCUCAUCAGCAAGCAUUGCAAGGCUUAAGAACGUUAAUAGAAGGACAGUUGAUGUUUUAGCAUCUAGUCUUUACUUCUACUACUCUCUCAGUUACGAGCACACUGGUGAUCUUGCCGAAAUAAGAGGUAACCUGCUGGCACUUCACCAGAUUGCAACAUUGCGUCAUGAUGAGCUGGGGCAGGAAACACUGCUCAAUCUGCUUCUACGCAAUUACCUCCACUACAAUCUGUAUGAUCAGGCAGAGAAGUUGAGGUCCAAGGCUCCACGAUUUGAAGCUCACUCAAAUCAGCAGGCAAUUCUACUUCACGUUCUGCAACAUCAUGUUGCAUUUUGCAGGUACCUCUUUUACCUGGGAAAAAUUAGGACAAUUCAGUUGGAGUACACAGAUGCGAAGGAGUCCCUCCAUCAAGCAGCCCGAAAAGCUCCUGUUGCAGCCCUUGGUUUCCGAAUCCAAUGCACCAAGUGGGCUGUUAUUGUCAGAUUGUUGCUAGGAGAAAUCCCUGAAAGGACCGUCUUUAUGCAGAAAGGCAUGGAGAAAGCUCUCAGGCCAUACUUUGAGCUUACAAAUGCCGUCCGAAUAGGCGAUUUGGAGCUCUUCAAAUCUGUUGCUGAAAAGUUCUCAGCGACUUUCAGCAUGGACAGGACCCACAAUCUGAUUGUUAGGCUACGGCACAACGUCAUAAGGACCGGGCUCAGGAACAUCAGCAUCUCCUAUUCUCGCAUCUCGUUGGCCGACAUCGCCAAGAAGCUGAGGCUGGACACUGAGAACCCCGUGGCUGACGCGGAGAGCAUAGUCUCCAAGGCAAUCCGGGACGGCGCGAUUGACGCUACAAUUGACCACAAGAAUGGGUGGAUGGUGUCGAAGGAAACCGGGGACAUCUACUCAACGAACGAGCCUCAGAUGGCCUUCAACUCGAGGAUCGCCUUCUGCCUCAAUAUGCACAACGAGGCCGUCCGUGCACUCCGUUUCCCUCCCAACUCACACAAGGAGAAGGAGAGCGCCGAGAAGAGGAGGGAGAGACAGCAGCAGGAGCAGGAGCUCGCGAAGCACAUUGCCGAGGAAGACGACGAUGAGUUUUAAAGGGUUCUAACUGCGAAGUUUAGGGGAAGCAGGCGUGCUUAGGACGUUUAUUUAUGCUUUUGUCAACUUUUCUGUCAGGUAGACAUAAUUAAUGGGGCUGUUUGUCUAACUUCUUCAGUAAUUGAUGAACUGUGACAGAUGAGGUUUUCCAAAUGUUUUGAGGAGGCAAUGGCGAUGCUUGCAUUUCUCCCAUCCAUGUCUCUAGUUCGAAGAUUAGCAGGGUACUUCAAUUGUCUGUCAAUGGCGUCAGUUGAUUCAGCUGGUAAGUCUGUUUUCAAGUCCCAAAGACAGUGACUUGGGUUGGUUGUUUUAGUAAUGUAGCUCUAUUGAUCUAGACAUAAUUCCUAAUCCAGCAAGUGAAGAAGAAAUUUUUUUCUUGGAUUGAUCCAAAAGACUUGAGAUGUGGAACUGGUUGUUCUUUAAAUAAAUUUUUCUGCAAUGGGGGAAACAUGAGUGCAAACACAGAAUUUUCUGGGUUUUUUUUCUUGUUGACACUCAAGUCUAGAGAAAAUAUCCUUCAAAGCCUGUGGAUUCAAAGCCAUAUUUUCUCUCAUCUCAAGAGCUUCCGUGUUGACUCAGUUUGAAUAGCAUUCCUAAGUUUCCCAAAACAAUGAUCACAGACUCGAUACCAUUUGUUCGGAUUCGGUGCCAUUGCAGCCUUGAGAGACUUUCUACUGGUGCAAGAACGACAGAAGGCGCAUCCACAGUUGUAGCAGUUGUGCCGUUUCCUCUUGAAAUUGAACGACAGGCGACAGCCAGAGCACAUCGAUUGAUCGACAACACCACCAGAUGCCGACGACUUGCGAAGAAGACAUAUCGCGGCGGUGAAACUAGUGCCACAGACAACACUCCUCACCUGUUUAUCUUUCAGACCUUCAACCAACGUGGGAGCAUUUCUAUCAUCAGUAUCACCAUGACCCAACCUUCCAUUUGCACCUUUCCCCCAUGUGUAAACCUCACCAUUUGAAGUCAAAACAGCAACAUGAAAGCUGCCACAAGCCAGUUCCUCCACAAAGUUAUCUGCAAGCUUCCCCAAUACAAGAGCUGGUCCCUUGCUGCUGCUGCUGCUGCUGCUGCCGUCGUGAGGAUUCCCUAGCCGACCAGGUGCAACGCUCCCCAUCGUGUAAACAUGCCCGGUGGUCGUUACUGCAACAGUCAUGCUGUGCCCGCAGCCAACCUGACAGAAGUUCGAUUCGCCAAGAGCAGCAACGCAGGUGGGAACGAGCUUCGUCUCCAUGUUACCACCAUGACCGAGACGGCCCUUAUCGCCGUCUCCCCAGGUGAACAACAGCUUUCCCGAACAACAACAACUACUGUCUGUAUUGGAAGUUCCAACGAUUACCUCCACAACUGCAGCAGUGUGCCACACACCACAAGCUGCUCGCAUCGUGCGAAGGCCCUUCAGAGACUCCACUUCCCGUGGCAUCGACAUGGUUUCACGGUCGCCAUGUCCCAAAACUCCAAAAGUUCCAUCUCCAAAAGUGAACAGUUGCCCUGAUGAAGUUACAACAGCAGUGUGCCAAGGUCCACACGAGACUGACGAAACAUGAAUCCCCUCCAUUGUUCCCUUCAACUUUCUUGGCACCCAUUGACUUGCUUCAGCUCCAGCACCAUACCCAUUUUUGUGAUUUAGGGUACUGCAUCCACUGUUUCCCCAAAGAUACAAAUCACCUGCAACAGAUACUGCACAAGAAUGGUAUUCUCCACAAGCGACGAGUUCGAUGUUGACGUGUUUGAUUCCAUCUAAGAGCUUAGGAUGUGAGACAUCAUGAUCUGUACCAUGUCCAAGUCGUCCUCCAUGUUCCUCACCCCAGGUGAAAACCUGCCCUUGCCUUGUUACUAAACCGGCAUGUCGUCGUCCACAGGAUAUGGAUUGAACAUCCAAUGUGACUGCAGAUUCUAACAGUUUUGGCACGCAAGAAUCCAGAUUUGCCCCAAUGCCCUCUCCCCAUAUAUACACAUCACCUGUAGCAUCAUUGUCGCCAUGACCAGAACCUUCGCUUGAUGAACUGACAGAACUCGAUAAGCUCUCUCUAAAUGCAUCCACAUUCGUGCCCUUGACGCGCCCAUUGAUGAUUCCAUCUGAUACAGAAUGAACCGAGGCACAAGAAGGCUCCGGCGGAAAAAAAGCUCUGGGAGGCAAAGGGUAUGACAUAACUUUUUCAAUAGUUCCUUCCUUGUCUAACCCAAAAUUUUCAGCUCCAUAUCCAAAUUACUGGAUGACAAGAAAGUUCUCUUAUGAAUCAGAUGACAAGAGAGUUUGGCUAAGAAGGGUAUAUUGUAAAGAAUCUGAAAACAAUAGUGGGAAGAUCAAGGGAAAAAUGGCUGAUAAAAUGGUGAAAAGGAAACCAUAAUGAAACCAGGGGAAUUAUGUUAGAAUGGGAAGAACAGUCAUUGCUCCUGGUUUUUACUCUGUAAGAGUACCUUAUCUUAUCUUAAUUUUCAC